AUGAAGGAAAGGAUUGAAGGAAAGGGCAAAUCUGGUCUGGGAAAAGGCAAGGUGUACAUGGGGGAGGUGGAGGAAAUAGUGGCGGAGGUGGGGAUGGAGGUGGUGGAGGAGACGGCUUGGCUCACCCGAGCCUCUGAAUUCGCCGACGAGAUCUCCUCCAACCUCUCUGAACCUCUUGUCAUUGUCAAAGUCGCCACUAGCGUCUUUCUCUUCCUCGCCAUAUUGGCCCGUUGUCGUCGAUUUCAUUUGCUCCGAAUUGACAUGAGCUCAUCUAUGUUUGGCAGCAAGAUGUUUGAUGAAAUGUUUGUGAAUGAAUUAUGGUGCCCUACUGGAUUCAAGUGUGGUAUCAACUACCAGCCACCCACUGUUGUUCCAAGCGGUGACCUUGCUAAGGUGCAGAGGGCUGUGUGCAUGAUCUCCAACUCCACCAAUGUGGCUGAGGUGUUGUGA